AGACCGAUUCGUGAGUUUCAUUUUCGACCCGGACAAUAAUAACAGGAGAACAAAGAUGGCGACGUCCCUGCUCAGGUUAGGUCGACUUGGCUCUGUCAAGGGUCUCCUGCGUGAGGGCUGGGGGACACCUAGGACCUCAUUUAUUGCAGCUCUCUGCACUAAAACGGACGUCCCACCCAAAACAGCAAAGAAGGCAAAGGCUUCAAGUAAGAGUAAGGCCGAUGAGAGGGCCUCUCUUCUAGCCUACAAGCCCACAGUUGCCUUCCCUUCUAAGCUGUCUGCCACAGGAUUUCUUCCCAAAGAUGUAGCUUUAGGUGAGUCUGAAACCGUUGAGGCUGUUUCCACAGCCGCUGCAAGUGAGACGACAGCUGGCGGUCCAGUUGCUGAUACAGUAGCAGCUGAAGUUGCUGUCGAAGAGGCAAAGAUCACUGAAGUCCCACCUACUAAUGAAGUCUCUACAAAAAGCAAAGGAAGUAAGGCCUCAGAUGUUGAGGCAGAAGUACAGAAAGAUCAAGGCGAUAGCUCUUCUUCAUCCUCAUCCUCAUCCUCCGGUGAUUCUGAUUCAGACUCGGAUUCUGAUGAUGAGAAACCAAAGACUGAAACACCAGAAACAUUACACUCUGGAGAGAAAGCAGCAGAGGAGAAGAAAGCUCCUGGUCUGACGACUGAACAAGUAGAUAAGCGAGCAUUGCCUGAAUCUGCCUCAUUUGGAGAAGCUCAAGAAAGUGCAAAAAUUGUGACUAAAGCAAAACCAGAAGAGGUUCCUGCACCAAGUGCCAAACCAGAUGGAUCAGAUGAGACCCUUAUUGAUCCUGCCCCUAUAGUAUCAUCCUCCACAACUGAAUCGAUUCCAGAAAUGUCUAGUGAAUACAUAAAAGCUGACACUACUGAUAAGAUAGUGGACACCGCAACAGAUGUUAAAACGGCUGCUGUGGAGGAGACUGUUGUUGAAAAGGAACCAGAAAUCAAAGCUGAAGAUGCUGUCGCAGAAGUUGUCCCAGACGUCCCUACAGAAGCCAGUCCUGAAAAAGUAGUAAAAACGGCUGCUGUGGAGGAGACUGUUGUUGAAAAGGAACCAGAAAUCAAAGCUGAAGAUGCUGUCAAAGUUGCUGCAGAAGUUGUCCCAGACAUCCCUACAGAAGCCAGUCCUGAAGAAGUAGUAAAAACUGCAGUUGAAGCGAGUCCUGGAGUAGCUUCUGAGGCUUCUGGAGAUGUUGCAGCUAAACCUGAAGAUGCAUCAUCCAAAGCUGAGGCAGGAACGCCGGCAGCCCCUUCAGAAGAGCUGGUAGACCCUGCACCUGUGGCCGCUGAUGCUGUGGAGGCUUGGGCUGAGACCAACGUUGUGGAGACACCUGAGGAGCAAGCCCCAGAGAAAGCCCCGGAGCCGGAGCUGGAGCCCUUUGACAACACCACGUACAAGAACCUGCAGCACCACGACUACAACAUGUACACCUUUGCUGAUGUGGAUGUAGAGCUGUCUAAAUACCGUCUGCCCCAGCCUUCCGCAGGCAGACACUGAGCCUGUGUUAUUGCUACCUUAGUCCACAACCCUGCUUCUUCCACAUGUUCACUGUUCCUCAGACGAUUUACUGGCAAAUCUCAAGCUUUAUGCUAGAAUUCUAUAAUUAUGGAAUUAAAAUGAUUUAACUUCAUUAGAGUGGUUCCAGAGUUAUUUGUUGCUGUUGUCUUCUACAGUAUUUGAAUGGUGUUGAUCUCAAUUUAUACUUUAUUGUAAUGAGGCUAUGCUUGCUUUGACUUUAUUACACUCUUUAUUGCAUAAAGGAGGGUAGUGUACUUCUAACUUUAAAUUGGCAAAUGGUUUAAAUGCUGUAUUUCCUGAAUUAAUUAAAAGGUGAGACUAAAAGGUUCGAAAUGACCUAAUUUCUAAUGUUUUAUGACUAAUUUCUGCCUCAUGUUAAUUAUUAGUUUCU